AUGGCGUCUCUACAGCUUAAGAGCAAUGAGACAUUUUACUAUUCGAACAUAUCCAAUGUGAGGGAGGACGAGGGGAAGGGAUCGACGAACGGUGCAGGUGCACCGAAGCGAGACACAUCUUAUGGAAGAAACGACAAUGAUAAAUUGCACACAGACAAGUAUGUUUGGUGCUUGUACAACAACAUGUACAAGAAGAUGGAGACAUGCGGAUUCAACGAGUCGAGAAAAACUUAUACCCUUAAGAGAAAAGGAGAGACUCUGGAGAAUGUCCCCGCAGAGAAAGUAAUCCCGUGCCUGAAGGAGCACAUCCAGUUAGACAGUGAAAACAAUAUAGAUAUAAUACAACUGAAUGAACCAAAUGUGAUAGAGAAUUUAAGAAACCGAUACGCGAAGAACAAGAUAUAUACCUUCCAUGCGUCCCUCCUCUUGGCUAUCAAUCCGUACAAGCAGAUAGAGGGUCUCUACGGGGUGAAGAGUAUGAACCGCUAUUUGAACAAGUUUGGGAAAGGGUGCCUGCGAAAGGGUGGGAGCAACGACCUCAGUAAUAAACGUAGCAUGGGUGGUAGAACAGAUCAGUGUUUGGAUGAUCGGAACGACCCUGCGCAUAUCUACGACAUCGGGAGUAUGGCCUACAGAAAUAUGGUGAUGAAGAGAAAGCGACAAACCAUCGUGGUGUCAGGGCAUAGCGGAAGUGGAAAAACUGAAAAUUGUAAAAUUCUCUUCAAGUAUUUUCACUACAUUUUCUUCUACAAUGGUGGUGGGUCAGGGGGAGAUAACGAGUUGGGGGAGUAUGGGAAGGAAAAGGGUCUCCUGAAAGAAGAGGGAGAAGUAUCCGCCAAAUCUGCAUCCAUUGAAUCCCGAGUCGUAGUCAAAAACCACCAACGGAUAGACAAACUAAUAUAUAUUAACAGUAUAAUCGAGGCUAUGAGUAACGCCAAGACUAUCAAGAACAACAACAGUAGCAGAUGUGGACGCAUCAACGACUUGGUGUUUGAGGAGAGGAAGAAGACAGAUGAAACGAUUUUUAAUUAUUGCUUCUCCUACAUCAAAAUUUUUAUUCUCCUUCUGGAAAUAAAUCGGUGCGUUAGUCACAACAAAGGCGAAAGAAAUUUUCACAUUUUUUAUCAAGUUAUUAGGGGUUUGACAGAUGCUCAGUUGAAUCAGAGGGGAUUGGUGAGGCAUGUUCAUCGGUACAAGAUUCUCAGUUGUUCUAAUCAUGUCGACACUAAUUUCUCCUCGACGGAUGAAUCUGCCCUUGACGAAGAACGGAAAGACGAGAAGAACUUUCAGCAUUUGAUGGAAGGCCUGAGGUACAUACAGUACGAUGAGAGUAGGAUAAGUGAGCUCAUCGAUGUGAUCGCUGGGAUUAUUCACUUAGGGGAGAUUGAUCCGGGCGGGGAGGGAGAAGAUGAAAGGGUAGAGAGUGAAGAGCACAAUGUGUCAAACCCUGAGGCACAACCAAAAGGGGACUCCCUCAACAGUGAUAGCUACAAAAAUGCAUCUGCCUGUUUACGGUUGCCCGUUGAUGAUCUACAGAGCAUGAUCAGGUUCAAAUGUAUUCACGUUUCUGGAGAAAGGAUCAGAACCCAUCGGAGCAGAGAAAAUUCUCUGUAUACGGUCCACAGUUUGAUAAAGGUGAUAUAUAAAAACUUAUUUAGAAAGGUGGUGAGCGACAUAAAUCGGAUACAUCUAUCGGCUAACGAGAGUGAGGAAAUUAUGAACGAAUCUGUGUACGCAAAGAAUAAUAAGAUCAUUUCGAUUCUGGACCUAUACGGGUUCGAGGAUCUAGCUUCCAAUGACUUUGAGCAACUCUGUAUCAAUUUGGCAAAUGAAAAAUUGAAUAAUUACUACAUACUGAAUGAAGUAGAAAAAGAGAAGAUGAUUCAUAAGGAGGAGAAUAUCCUUUGGAAUGAAGUUUCUAUUCCUAACUACAAAGACACGAUCCAUUUUGUAGAAAGGUUAUUUUCAAAUCUGGAUGAUAUAACCAAGCUGAACAACAGUGGACAGAAGAAAGUGGACGAUAAUUUUUUUUCGUACCUUUUAAAUAAUGAGAAAACCUACCUAGAGAAGGGGAUAUAUGGUUUUGUGAAUAGAAAAGACGACUCCCACACGGAUAGAAAACAUAAUAUACAUAGAAAUGUAUUCUUCGUUAGGCACUACGCGGGGUGUGUGGUUUACACGGUGAACGACUGGAUAAGGAAGAAUAGCGAUCGGGUCGAGGUGGAGAUAGAGGAGUUGAUUUCCCAGUCGGAGAAUUGGUUUCUUCGCGGGGGAGGAGAGGUGAGUGGGCAUGGCGAACCCAUCAAGGGGGGCAUCGAAACGGAAACAACCACAUCCCCUUUACGUGGUGGUGUAAAUCUGAAGAAAUUACAAAAUGGGGAUGGCAUAGCUGAGAGAAGAGUUGGUAACCUACGAAGUGACGCCAACUGUUUUUUGGCCACUUCCCGGGCGGUAGCUACGCAGGAGAAUAUGCAUACCAGCUGCAACAAGAGCAUUCUGAGCGUUAGUAAAAAGUAUAUUAAGGAGCUAGAUAAGUUAUUUUCAAGUAUGGAGAAAACGGAUCUACAUUACAUUAGGUGUAUACUGCCAAACGAACAAAUGAGAGAAGAUACUUUUAAGCGGAGACUCAUCUACACGCAGUUGAAGCAAUGUGGAGCGAUUGAGAUGGUGAAAAUUGUGAAUAGAGGAUUAUCUCACAAGGUUCUCAAAGCAGAGUUCCUGGAAAAAUGUGUUAAAGACAUACCAAACGAAUUGCAAUAUUGUAGACAGGACGAUAUUGUUUAUUAUUUCAUGCGAUUAUUUGGAGAGAAAAGGAACUUUCAGUUAGGAACGAAUUACAUUUUUAUGGGAUCGAGUGUGUACACAGAUGUACAUGCCUACUUGUAUGGUGAUAACUUGGAUGAUAUUAGUAGUCUUUCCUUGGUGGAAGAGAGAAAAGAAAAAAUUUUGCAUGAAAUAAGAGCUAUGCGGUUUAGGAGAUGCGUGUUGGUAAUACAGAUACACAACUGGAUGAAUAGCCACUAUAGAAUCUACUUGAAUAAAAAAAAAAAGAUGAAGGAAAAGGCCUGCGACUAUAUUUUUAAGAUGUACUUAAUUUUUAAGACCAUGAUGAGUGUGAAGAGGAGUCUGAGUUACAACGUUCGUCGUUUGCAUAUGGUACUGGCGCGGAAGGCGUACGUUGGAUUCUUCAAGCAGAUGCGUGGGGUGAAGAGGGGAAAGCUGAACAAGGGGAGUACCUCCUUCGGCGGAGCAGUGCGUUCAAAGGUUUGUGCAGAGGAGGGCACUAAGGAGGGCACUAAGGAAGGAACUAAGGAAGGAACUAAGAAAAGCACUAAAGAGGAUAGUAAGGAGGAUAGUAAGGAGGAUAGUAAGGAGGAUAGUAAGGAAGGAACUAAGGAGAAUACUAAGAAAAGCAAUAAAGAAGACAAUGAAGGAGGAUUAGCGGCGAAGUUGCACGGCCCCCAUUUCGAUGCUGCAGGCACCAACGGUCUCAGCCAAGUGGCACCAGAAAUAUUUGUAGCCACCCCGGAUAAUUAUCAUCACGUGUACAAUAACAUCGACUGGGUAGUAAUAUACCGACAGAAGCAGGUCCACCUGUACAACAUUGCCUAUUCCUUUGAGCGGGUGUAUAAAAAGUACCUGCCCGAUUUUAAAGCCGUCACUGUGAAGAAACUUGCUAGUGGAGAUGACUAUCCCUUUGCACAGUUACAUACAGAUAGCCACGUGCCUUCCCCCAUUCAUUGCAUCGGUCAACAUCCCCUGUACAAGAAUAUAUUCCUUGCGGUAGACGCCAACUUAUGUGUGCGUAUUUUUGCCUACCCGACAUUGGAUUCCAUUAAGAAUUUCCUAAAAAGGAAGAUCGAGUUGAUGAAAAAAGGCAGUGAAGACAUACCCAGCACGUAUCUGCCACAGUUGCAUCGAAGUAGGAGAUUUGGAGCUCCCUCUGGAGGGGCAUCACCAAUGGGGGAGACCACGAGGGAAAGUUCUCCGGGCGAACUGUUCAGCGAAGAAAAUCUGAACAUGUUCAUGCAUAUGUACAAAGAUGUGUACGUGUUGAGUUCGUUAGGAAAAUCAACAGGGGGGAUUGAAACAGGGAAACACGGGAAAAUGACGCGAAAGAAGAAAGAAGAGUGCACCUUAAUUAAGUUAAUAAAGAGAGAAGAGUAUAUGGAAGAGUAUAUGUACACAAAUCCUUCAUUUAAAAUAUUAAAGAUUACCUUUCUCCAGACAAGUAUUAGUCACUUCAUGUGUUUAUCUUACUCACAGAUAGGACAGGAUCAUUACUUACUCGUCACGUUAGUGAACUAUUACUCCAAACCGAUUUACCAUUACACAUCUAAAAUAAAUAUUAGUAACGUUAUCGAGAAUGAACUCUUUAGAAAGUUCUUUUUACAAUACUGUGGAGACUCUCUUUCUAGUGGUAAAACAGAAUGUGAAAGGAAAUACCCCACUAAGGGAGAGGAAUUCCCUCCAUGGAAUGAAAAAGAAGAACAGAAAAAAAGACACGUAGAAAACUAUCUGAGAACAAUCAAAAUUUCUCUAAUUAACAAUUCACAUGUAGUUAUUCAUGGAGCUUGUCUUCUUUCCCUAGUGGAAAUACAACGUUAUGAUAUGUGUUCUGCAGAAGUGUCCAUACGUGAGUAUGAGUACAGAUAUUUGGCCGUCGUAUUCAACCUCAUGUGUUUUGAAAUUUUUAGCCAUGUGUGUGAUGAGAAUUUUAAGAAGUUGUCCCAUGAUGUGAAACACAACUUGGUUGUGGGUGAGUUGUUCAGGUUGAGGGAAGAAAAGAAAAAUACUCACAUUCGCCUGAACGGUGCAGGUAAUUCUGGUAAUUUUGCCAACUUGGGAAGACCUUGUGACGAAGGAAAGAAGCACCUAGAUGAAGUGGCAAAGCAUCUAGACAAAACGGAUGUCGAAGAACCGCGUCGACAAUGCUCCUUCUACGUAUUUUCUCCGCGGGGUGAAAUAUACUUGUUGACAAAUGACCGUCAGGGGGAGCCUUCUGAAGAGCUCUUUCGCCAUGGUCCCUGGGGGAUUCGCAAACUCUCAGUCAGUCGGCUCAAGAGGGAAGAAACCCCUGGGGAUGGGGCAAAUGGGGAGAGUGAAAACAAAGGGGAAGAUGUUCCUCUAUGUAGCUACUACGGAAUUUUCUGCAUGAAUAUUAGCUACUUCUACAAACAGGAGUAUUACAAAAGUUUUGUGACGUUGAAUUCUUCUGUUCAGGCGACAAUUAGAAAAUAUGUGUUCAAGCAGAAGGAGGCAGCCAUGGAGGGUAGCAGGUGCAUCAGAACAUCCUUCUUCCCCGAUGUGUGUAUUUUGCGUGAGUGGGUUCAGGGUAGAAACGUCGGGGGUAUGAAGCGGGACUGCCUUUACUACAGCCUAAGGAAUGGUGGGGAGGCCAUGGCUCUGUGCCGCGGGGACGGGAACCCAGCGCCCCCGCCUGACUCGACGAACGACUCGACAUACAGUACCCGUGCCUGCAGUCCUCUGGGCCACUUGGAUACCCUCUUGCUUCUGAAACAUAACCACAGGGAUAAUUCCUACGCACUGGAGUUUUUCAACAUAGUCAGUGGAAAGGGGACAAUGGUUCCACUAGAGUGA